AUGGCUUCUAUGCGGGCCAAAAAAGAGGACAUUGCUCAACGCAAAUCCUCUAAUACCGUACAGCCUCUUCCUCUUGAUCACACUCGCCGGGACCACCAGAGCGAGGCAGCUUCCGAGCAUCCUCGACGCGCCGCCGCCGAACCUAAGUAUGGAGCGAGCCAUAGGAUGCAGAAGGCGUUCUCCGUCGAGGAGACGCCUCCCUUCUAA